UCUUUCCUUGUUAUUCAACAAACAUGUCUGCCUCCUGUCUGACAGCACUCAGGGCAUCUCUGACAGCUUUUCACAGAGCUUCCUGCCGGCGACUCCUCGCGCACGACGGUCGUCUGACCCCGAUAGUGUGUCACCGUUUGCGGCUUCUUGUCUCCCCGGCCGCCGGGCUGUCCAGCUCCAGGACCGAGCCGACACAGAGCUCCGACGCGGCCGACGAGGUUGCAGACAGACUCGGGCAGSAAGAGCCGGAAGGUCCGGAGUACAUCCCCAGGAAGAAGGCCAAGAACCCUAUGUUGAAGUUAGGAUAUGCUUGGAUGAUCGGACUCCCCGCGGGGAUCAUCGGCUUCAUUCUGGCCAAGAGACAAGUGGACAAAAACCGCCUGAAGCAGCUGAAGAUCAGACAGCGGAUGAAACGAUCCAACGAGGGCGAAUACGACGGGAGCCGAUAUCGCCAGCACGCCAAGCUGGACCGGUGAUGUGUAAAUCCCGUCGCCCCCCRAGAGGCGCGAGGACUUCUGCCUAAAGCCACGUGGAGAAAAACCGAUUUCAUGAAAAAGCUACAUGUAAACAAUAAGCACUACCAGGUGUAAACAUAAACAGUUUAUUUCAUAUGAAAAUGCAAACACAUUAUCUUCAGGAGCGAUGUGUAUUUAYACCGACUGUGUGAUCUUUACAUGCUGAGUGUUUGAUACCGUUGCUUUAAUAAAAGGACUACAUGCAGCUCUGGUCUGGAGCAGCAGCUGGGUGCGGUCAGGAAAAUGAGUUGGUUUUUUUCACCAGCUGAAACAUUUCACUGGUUGUUUGAGGGGAGACUCCACCCWGCUGGCUCAGGGAGGAGACCUGAUCUGAUGGCGUCACAACAGGACAUCUUACAUAAUGAAGUAGUUUAAGAAAAAAAAACUGCCAUGGGUUUUGCUUAUAUUCAGGUCAGUAAGUUGUU